AUGAAGACUUUCAUUGAAGGAUUAUUCACCUCUUUAAAGGAGGUGGUGCAGAAAGACAUCCAAGAGCGUUUUGACAAGGUCGACAAAGAGAUGGCUCAACUCAAGGAAGUGGUGUCUAAGAUUCCGGGUCCGUCAGAUACAAUGGGAAAAGAAAGAGCCUCUGAGAUUCUGUGUCCUUCAGCAAGAAUGGAGAAAGACCAAUGGCGAGAAACAUCACAGAGUCUGUCUCCUUCAGCAGCAAAGGAAAAAGGCAAAGGCAAGGCAGCUGAGACUGGGGUUCCUCCUACGGUUCGUCGUAGCCCUCGGCCAAGAAAGGAGAUUGAAACUGAUGAUAUGUUGGAUUUUUUGAAACAUUUGUCACAAUCAUCGAAAAAUAAAGAUAUGGGGACCCAAGAGUAUUUACAAGAAGCCGUGGGGAACCUUUCUCAAGCAUCACAUGUUAGAGGUUUCGAUCCCUCACAAAAAAGCUCGCCUGAAGAAGCAGUAGAAAUUAGUACUCCUUUAUCAUCAUUUAAGCCUGCGGAUUACAAAACACUCAGUCUCAAAGAUACAGACUUACCUGAGGACCGGGUGAACGACAUAGAUUAUUCCUUAGUUUUUGUUCCUGAGGACUCAUGGGUAAAAUUAAGGAAGUGGUGUUCAACUUCCAAACAGCACCUCAAAAUUGGACCUUCUGUGUACACAAGUGAGUUAGCAGCAUGUGUAAUGGGACCUGCAGAAAUUGAUGCUAUGUUGUACUUAUUUCGCGAGAGGAAUUCUUUGGGACGAUGGAAUCAAUCCAAAGUAGCCUUCAUGAGCUGCUUAUUCAGUAAUCAAAUGAAGAAUUCUUACAUAGAUUUCAAGAAAGACAGAAAAGGUUUCAAGGUGCAAGGACUGCUCCACCAGUACGGAAUUGGUGAACUUCCUGCACAUGGACGAACAAGACUAAUGUGGGAUCUUGAUGUCAGUCGCAUGUAUGUGCCUCUUCUUGUGCACGGUAACCACUGGAUCUCUAUGUGCGUGAACUUUGUUACUCGUUCAAUAGAGGUCUUUGACUGUGGAGGAAUGAAACACAACAAAGACUUGGAGCCAUUUGCACAUCUCAUCCCUAGAAUUGUCAAAGCUGUGCAAUCUUCGAAGAGUAAACUAAUCGUCAAGCCAUAUGAUGUCACUUACGCCCCAAUGCCCUUCCUAAACAAGACUAGCAGUGAUUGUGGAGUAUAUGCGCUGAAGCACAUUGAAUGUCAUCUUCUAGGCAUGGACUUAUCAUUAGUGAAUGACGACAACAUUCGUGAAGCUCGCCUCAAGAUUGCUUAUGACCUAUGGGAAGCUGCUAAUGAUCCUGUCAUUAUUUCGAGAAUGUCACAGUUUAUUCCUCCGAAGACCACGACAGAUCCUGUAGUUACAAUUUUAUGA